AUGUUGCCGUCGUUGUCUUGCGCCCCAGUCUGGUGGUUUACUUUAAUCCGAACAACCGACCGCCCCGCCUACACACCGGCCCGGUUACAAACAACUACCAGAGGCAAGAUGUGCACAAUCCGUAAUCUCUGCUGUAACUGUCCUUUUCCGAUCGUCUCUUUGUCUGUUUGUCUGUCUGUCUGUAUGUUUGUUUGUAUGUUUAGCUGUUGGUCUGUUGGUCUAUUCGUCUUGUGCACUUCCGCAUCGGCCGGACAUGCUCCGGCCAGUUGGGAGGGAAGCUGUCCGGUGAGAGCGGCGGAUAAAUCAGGAGAGCCAAAGCUGCCUUUUGAUGGGCGAAUCAGUGUGAUUUGCGUGGUCUGGCAGACGUGCGAGGCAAUCGAGAGGAGGGAGGAGGGUGUGGGUGCGAGGGCCCGAGGCAGCGGGCCUCGUCCAACCAGCAACCGGCAACCGGCAACCGGCAACCGGCAACCAGCAACCGGCAACCGGCAACUGGCAACCGGCGAAGCGGAUAAGCGCCGUGCUGGCUCACGGCCGACUGGAGAAGGAGGCGCGGCGGGAAUAAAUCAUGCCAACCGGGUCGGCCGGACUGCUACAGCCCUCGAAGGCGGCGGCCGAUAA